GUGGGGGAACAGUGUAACAAGUGAUUCAUAUAUAUGUAUAUAUAUAUAUAUGCAUUUGCACACAGAGCUCUUUAUUUUACCGAUUGUUCUCAUAAUAUCCUGUUCGUAGCUGCAUUAGACUCGCGGAUAUCUGGCCGAAAUGACGAUUCUAAGGCUGCCGAUUUUCGCGCGAACAUUUCUGAAUCGGUGCGUCGGGGAAUACGCGAUCGUCGGUGCGUGGCAUCCGAAGAUUUUCCCGAUAAAAUCGGUGGAACGUCGACACUACGCGACCGCGAUCGAAUUAAAAGUGGACUCGCAGAAUGUCAUCAGCAGCGGAGUGCCUGAUGUGACAGGUUUCGAAAGUGUUCACUUGCAUAACUUGAUUUGGGAGAAGGUCGACAGAUGGUCGAAUCGUACUGCUCUGAUUUGCUCAGACACUGGUAGGUCAUAUACGUACAGUCAAUUGAAAAAAGCAUGCGGCAGACUAGCAACGAGUUUGAGAAAGAGCAAACUUCUACCGGGAGAUACGAUCGCCAUUAUUUUGCCAAAUAUUCCAGAAUUCGCCGUCAUAUUACUGGCGGCAAACGAGGCCGGUUUACGUACAACGCUAAUUAAUCCCGCAUACACAAAAUACGAGAUAAAGAGGCAAGUGGAGAAUGCGGAUGUUCAGGCGAUCUUCACAAUUCCGGCCAAAUACGCAGAUGUGGACGCGAGUAUAGAGAACAAUUCGAAGAUAAAAUUACCUGUUGUUAUCGUAAACGAUGGCACUGAUCCUACCUCGAUCGCAGGAACCAUCAAAUUCGCCGAUCUCGUGCGGGAUGACAUCGAGGAAUUUUCAGUCAGUCAGAAAACCGAUGUCAAUUACGAUGAUACGGUACUCAUGUUUUAUUCCAGCGGCACGACUGGUUUGCCGAAAAGUAUCGAGUCGACCCAUAGGAAUAUUGCGGCAAAUAUUUUUCAAGCCACGUGUCCGCAACUUUUCGCCGGAGUGGAAACUACUGAACAUUAUCAGGAUAUUGUACCGAUGAUAUUACCAUUGUAUCACGUUUACGGAUUAGUAAUCGUUAUGUACUCAUUUUUGCGGAUAGGCGCUAAGCUGGUGUGUAUGCCACAAUUUUCCCUGACCAAACUUAUCAAACUGUUGGAAGAUUAUCGAUGCACAGUGAUGCACGCGGUGCCACCGAUCGUGCAGAUGAUUGCAUACGACGAACGAAUAAUGUCACGUCACUUCGAGUUUAUGAGGCUAAUAGUCUCAGGAGCCGCGCCUCUUGGGGAAGAAUCUAUCGCCAAGUUUCAAAAUCGCGUCAGUAAUUGCGUGACUUUCGUCCAAGGGUACGGCGCGUCAGAAUUAUCACCGCUCGCUUCAACAAGUUUGGAUGCACCAUCGGCAUCCUGCGGUUACCUGGUGCCAAACACGCAGAUGAGGAUUGUAGGCAUACAGCAGGAUAAUCUCGGCAAAAAUUUAAGUCCGCGCCAAGUCGGGGAGAUAUACAUACGUGGUCCGCAAGUGAUGAAGGGAUAUUACAAAAAUCCUCAGGCUACAGCGGAUACUAUGGACGGAGACUGGUACAAGACUGGCGAUCUAGGAUAUUACUGCGAACACGGUUUGUACGUGCAAGCACGAUUAAAGGAGAUGAUCAAGGUGAAAGGAUUUCAAGUCGCACCCACCGAACUUGAAGAGGUAAUUCGCGGUAACAGCAAGAUACAAGACGUCGCUGUAAUUGGCGUCGCACACGAUCAGUACGGUGAGAUUCCGAAAGCCUUCGUGGUUCCCAAGUCUGGGGUGAAAAUUGACGAAAACGAAAUCAAAGUAUAUGUAGCUGAACGUGUAGCCAAAUUCAAGCACUUGGGAUACGUACAAGUUGUGGAAAGUAUACCGAAAAGUGGGGCUGGAAAGAUUCUUCGAAAAGAGCUCAAAAAAUUGUAAUGCAAAUAUCAAAGUAUAAUUAUCUGUCUUCAACUAUCUAACUAAUAGCAAGAAAUUUAUCGACAAACUUAUUGAUAAACUUCGUCUAUUUACAUUAACAUGAAUUAACACCAACAGAAAAAUGUUUAUAUGUUAUAACAAAAAGUGGCCAUCGAUAAAAGAUUCAGUUAUUUUUAUUUACACGUUAA